AUGACUAAUAUAGCGGUGAUGCUUUACUUCAAUGGACGAUGGGAUCCUAGCAACAAAUAUAUUAACUACUUGGCAGAUGGUGUGUUGAUACACACAGAGUCAACGUUUGCCACCCUCGUUUCUGUAAUUGCUACUCAAUUGUCAAUAGACACAUCAACAAGUAAAGUUGAAAUUAGAUAUAAAAUUGAUGAAAGGUCUCCUCCAAUUCAAAUUCAUAAUGAUAAGGGGGUAAAGGUAUAUCUUGAAACUAAAAAGGAACAUCGAGAUAUGACAAGAUAUCCUUUAUGUGUCACAACAACUGAACCAGUCAACUUGGAGACUAAUGUUGCACUCAUUCCACUUUUGUGUUCAGACACUUCAGGAGAUAUGAGGGUUAUACACAAUUCAUACUUCUCUAAUACAUUUAAUGAUAUUGAUGAAGCAAUAGGGUUAAUUGGAUUCGGAUCAUGUGAGGAAGUUGAUGAGCUAGAAGAAUUAGCACCAGGCAUCAUUAUUAUUCCCAAUAACUCUUUAUUUGAAAAAGAUCAGUGCCUAGGAGAAAGCUGCAGUUGGAGUUUACGAGCUUCAAGCUUGAACAAAUAUGAAAUGUUCAAGAUUAGAGAAUUUGAAAGCGAACACACUUGUUUGUUGCUACAUAAUUCAUUAUCGGAAAGGCUAGCAACUAAGAGUGUUGUUGAGAGUAUUAUUGUGGGUAAAUAUGCUGAACCAGAUGCUAAUUACACACCAAAAGACAUACAACGUGACAUGUUAGCUGAAUAUGGUGUGCGACUCACAUAUAUGCAAGCUUUGAGAGCUAAAGAAGCAGCUCUUGAAUUAAUCCGGGGUGAUCCAAUUCAAUCCUAUGCAGAGUUGCCAAGCUACUUUCACAUACUAGAGGCGACUUACCCUGGUUCUCAUAUAAGAUUUCACAAAUCAGAGGAUGACCGUUUUUUAUAUGCGUUUGUAGAUUUGUUCACCUCGAUAAAAGGAUGGGAAUAUUGUAGACCAAUUGUAGUUGUUGAUGGAACUUUCUUAAAGGGAGCAUACAAAGGGACACUGCUAACCGCUAAUACCUUAGAUGCAGCAGGGAGUAUAUUGCCACUUGCUUAUGCUAUUGUCGAUUCAGAGAAUGAUUUAUCUUGGAGGUGGUUUUUUGAGCAAUUCAGAGAUGCAUUUGGUCAAAGACCAGAGAUGUGUAUCGUUUCCGAUAGGCAUGCAAGCAUUAUUAAGGCCGUUUCAACAGUUUAUGAUGAAGUACCUCAUUUUGCAUGUAUGUGGCACUUACUGCAAAACAUAAUGAAAAAUUUCAGAAGAAGUCAACAAAGGGUCACUGAGUUGUUUUACUCUAUGGCAAAAACAUACACCAUGACAGAAUUUAAUCAAUGUAUGACAAUGGUUGAGAAGAUAGAUAAGAGGAUCAAAGAUUACUUGUUGAACAUUGGAUACAACAAAUGGUCGCGUGUGCAUGCUGAAGUAAACAGAACUUGGAUGAUGACAACAAAUAUAGCAGAAUCAGUCAAUUCACGAACAAGACAUGCCAAAGUUCUUACAGUCUUGCAACUCUUGGAAUUCAUGAGACAACUUGUACAGAAAUGGAAUAACAAUAACAGAUCAAAGGCGACAUUUUCAGGUUUUCACCUUGGAAAAAAGUAUGAAAAUAUAUUGCGGCGCAAUAAAACUGCAUCAGAGAAAUUAAAGGUUGUAGAGACAAAUAAAUAUGUGUAUAUCAUACUUGAUGGUAUUACACAAUUCACAGUAUGUCUUCACCAACGUACAUGCACAUGUGGGAGAUUUCAAUUGGAUGAGUUACCAUGUCCACAUGCUUUGGCCGUUUUAACAAUAAAACACACUGGUUAUGAGAAAUAUUGUUCGGCUUACUAUACAAGAAAAAAUUUAUUGUUGACAUAUCAAUUUCAAAUGGAUCCCCUGCCAAAUGAAAGUACAUGGAACACACCAACACAUGUUCUUGAAGAUAUUGUACUUCCACCUCAUGGAAAGAGACCUCCGGGAAGGCCAAAAAAUAAAAGACAUACUCAACUGAGAGAAGAUGAAUUCAAGAAGGCAAAAAUUACAUGCAACAAUUGUGGACAACAUGAUCACAACAGGAAGACUUGCAAAAAUGUCAGGUCUUAUGAUCAAGAAUAA